UCAUGGCGGCGACGAGAGAAGUGGAGAUUUUCAAAGGAACAAACACUGAAGAUCUCCGUCGAAUAUUCCUCAAGUAUGCCAGUAGUAAGACGGAGGAUGGGGAGGAAUAUAUGACGUACUCAGAUCUGAUCCACCGCUACCUUGGGAUACUCCACGGUGACGACUAUGAUGAGUACACACUGCAGUUGUUUGGUUCCAGUGUGGAUACUUCCAGGAACAUGAAGAUUUCUUUCGCGGAGUUCAAGGCCUUUGAAUCCCUACUACGACUACCAGACUCCAUGUACGCUCUUGCCUUUCAAAUUUUUGACAGAAAUGGAAAUGGAUAUAUCUCAUGUGGUGAAUUUGAAGAGAUUAUUCAGCAUACAACACUUAACAGAAAGAUACCUUUUGAUUUCAACUGUGAUUUCAUUAAACUCCACUUCGGCAAAGAUAAAGAACGAAAAGUCACCUAUGCAGAAUUCACCCAGAUGAUCCAUGACUUUCACGAUGAGCAUGCUCUACAAGCUUUUCGCAGACUGGACAAGAAAAGUACUGGCUACAUCAAUGCAAAAGAUUUUGAGGAAAUCAUGGUGUCUCUUAAAAGUUAUCUCCUCACAAGCUUCGUCAAAGAUAACCUCGUCACAGUAACAGUUGGAGGGGAGAAGCACAGACAGGUUAGUUACCCUUUCUUCAUGGCCUUUAUUUCACUGCUGAAUAACAUGGAACUGGUGAAGAAGAUCUACAUGUCAGCCACACGGCGUGAUACCUCCAAAGAGGUCACAAAAGAGGAAAUGCUUUAUCAGGCUCAAGAAUACUCUCAGAUUACACCACUGGAACUGGAUAUUCUCUUUCACUUGGUGGGAUUGAAGCACCAGAGAGGGAGAUUGUCUUAUGAAGAUCUGGACAAAAUUGCACCUAUGAAAGGACGAGAAACACCUUUCACAAUUCAGAUGGCUAUUGCACAGGAAAAACUCAACUUAGAACAAGGAAAGGAAAGGUCAAGUUGGUUAGGUGUACUGGAGAGUGUAUACAGAUUUACUCUGGGAUCAAUAGCUGGAGCCACUGGAGCCACAGCAGUCUAUCCUAUAGAUCUUGUAAAGACACGUAUACAGAAUCAGCGAACUGGUUCCAUGGUAGGAGAACUCAUGUACAAGAACAGUUUUGACUGUUUUAAGAAAGUCAUUCGACAUGAGGGUAUCCUUGGACUCUACCGUGGUUUGGGACCCCAGCUGGUCGGUGUCUGUCCGGAGAAGGCUAUCAAACUAACGAUGAAUGACUUCAUGCGAGAUAAUCUUAUGGACAAAGAUGGUAGCCUACCUCUGUGGGCUGAAUGUGUCGCAGGAGGAACGGCUGGUGCAUCACAAGUCAUGUUUACAAAUCCGUUAGAAAUUGUGAAGAUCCGACUGCAGGUAGCUGGAGAAAUUGUAGGCAAGACUCGAGUCAGUGCCUUUACUGUCAUUAAGGACCUGGGAUUCUUUGGGCUUUACAAGGGUUCCCGGGCCUGUUUUCUCAGAGACAUACCUUUCUCAGCUAUAUACUUUCCUGCCUAUGCUCAUUUAAAGAAAGCAUUUGCUGAUGAAAACGGUUACAACUCACCUGGUACUUUGCUGCUGGCAGCCACCUGUGCAGGUAUGCCUGCGGCUGCACUACCGACACCUGCAGAUGUGAUAAAGACAAGACUACAAGUUCAGGCCCGGCAGGGGCAGACAGUCUACACAGGCCUCAUUGACUGUGCAAGGAAAAUUUACGCUGAGGAGGGAUUUUCUGCCUUCUGGAAGGGAGCACCAGCUCGUGUCUUUAGAUCUUCUCCGCAGUUUGGUGUGACGUUGUUAACAUAUGAAUUGUUACAAAGAUUGUUUUACGUGGAUUUUGGUGGCAGGCGACCAGAAGGUUCGGCAGGGAAAUCUCCUGUGCUGGAGGAGCAAUUAUCACGGAACCCCGACCAUAUUGGAGGCUACAGGCUUGCCAAGGCUACCUUUGAUGGUAUGGAGUCCAAGUUUGGUCUGUGUUUACCAAAAUUCAAAGCUUCAGCAUCAUGAAGAUUUAGGACUAUAGAAACCUGAACAUUUUUUAUAGAAAAAGAUUUGAAGAAAGGAUGAGAAGUUUUAAAGGAGUAAAAAAGUAAAAAAAAUUAUCUUAAAAUGUUUUUUUUUACGAACCACUAUUUAUUCUACCACUUAACAGUAUAGAUAUUGAAAAACUCAUCACCCUGAAGAAACCUGAAUAGGAUGACUCUUGACAAUGGAAGUUGUCACCUACUGUGACUGUUUGGUCAGAUUUAAACCCUGUAGAUGACCAUGGGUCACUUGAAUGAUUAUAUUGUUUUGUUGAUCAGAGCACCUGUAGGAAUGCAGCAAGUAGCGCAGGCCUGUUACUUGCUUUAUCCUCAGUCUUCUUCCAUGUCAUCAUCAAGUGUGUUAAUAAAACUAUUACUUUUAAUGUAAUGCUCAAGAUAUAGUGUAGAAAAGUAUUUGAGAAAUGUAGCAACCCUGAUAAUUGAAAGUGUGUAGGGGAGGUAAUGAACAUUGAAGAUAGGGUUGAUGGUAUUAUCUCUUAAUAACUUUUGAAAACAGCUGUGAUAAAUGUUAAAUUUUCCUGGGGUGGUUGUAUACAAUCCAGAUUAAAACAUGGAAGAAAUAUUGGGGAGGUAUACUAACCACUUUGAAUAUAGAUGUCUUGGGGUGGAAAUUGAAUCAGAUCUGACAAACUCAGAGGAGAGGGAGGUAAAUGUUUGCCAUUACAGAGUGUAGUUUAUAUUUAUAGAUACCAAAUAUUAUUACAAGUCUAUUAAUAGUGUGGGUGUCAUUGUGUGUCAAAAUGUCUCAAGUUAUUAAAUCUUUUUUGAUGCAUCAAGUAAGCUCAUGUAAUAAAAGAUGUAAUUCAGUGUCGCCAACUGCUUGUCAAAUAAUAUCUGGUCAUGGCCUUCAAAUCAGGAUGUUUCAAAGUGUCAUCAAUGAAAAACAUCUUACAAUCAAUUCCAUUGUAUAGUUAUGACAUACGCUUGUAUUUAGAUGAUGUUCUAUGUUAUGUUUGAACAUUGUUUUGACAAAAUUAGAUCCUAAACAUUUUUAUUUUUUAUUUUCUUAUAAAAAAUAUUGAGUGAUUCUAGCAUUUUUCUUGAUUUAAACACAUCAUAAUAUGGCCAAUAUAAGGUUAACCUGACAAAGUCAGUUGAGUUGGCGACACUGGUAAUUUUAUAUCCUAGAUUAGCUGAACAGAGCAUUCAUAUAUUUCCAGUCUUAACGAGUAUAAUUGAUAUUCAUGAAACAGAAUAACCAGUUGUUGAUUUUGUUUACUCAAUGUGUACUGAAAAAUGUUUACUGAAAAGAAUGAGGAUUUGUUUUGUGAUUUGCUUAUUUUGCUGGCAAAAAGGAUGCUUCAAAGGUUUACCACUAAUGGCAGAUGACUGUUGAAAACAGGUGACCACUAAAGCAGCUAGGUUUGUCUGUACAGUCUGUUCUUGCAAAAAAAAUUCUUUUUGAUAAUGGUGAAAAUAUCUGUGAUAGUUAAAAGUGCUAUGAUUUUCACAAAAUAUUUAAUUCUCAUUUCCAAAGGAACAUGUUGAUAUGCCAAUUCAGAUUACUGAUGGUAAUAUCAACCUUGUGUAUGUAAACAGUUUAUGUAUGGAGUUGUUUCCCCUGUCAGAAGUCUUUAGUAUAAACAAUUGGUGCUCCAAAGCAUGGGUCUCUAACUAACACUACCCAACAUUUAUCCCACCAAAUUUGAGUGUUUAGGUUGCUAUUGAUUUCUUGAGGGAGAUACAUGUACUUGUAUUUUUGGUAAAAGUUUUGUUUAAAAUCUGAUUUUGUGAAUGAUGCAUUUGAUGUUAAUUGCAAAUCUGCUAUGCUGGUUUGGUAAGCUGAUUUAUAUUUUAAUAAAACGAUGUUCGUGCCAAUAUUAUAUCAUGGUUCCUGUAAAAUUUACACUUGCAUGAAAUGUUUAUCAUUUCCGUCCGGAAAUUUUGGCAUUUUUUAUGAUUAUUCUUAUACAUUUACAAAAGUGCUUCUAUAUUUGGACAGUUCUCAUUACGGUAAUCUGCUCUCAGGGCAACUGAUGCAUUAGUUUGGCAUCAUUGUCAUGGUUUACCCAGAAUAUUCAGGCUGAUGUAAAACCCCACAUACAAUUUAGUAGAGUAAAUCGCGUUAUAUUUCAUGUUUAUUUUCCCAUUAAUUGGCUUGGAAAGAUGAUUAAGUAUUAAAUCCAGACAAUCAAUAAAACAAGGAACCUACAAAGAAUGUUGUUCUCAUAAGGUAAUUCUUCAUUAUUGUGUCAUUUAAAGACUUCACCUUCUUUUAAACUUGAAGUUAUUGAGAAAAGGUUUAUUCUACGGAUAUUUUUUUUUUUUUUUUGUAAAGACACAUCAUUCUGUGUUAAUUUGUUUCUGCUUAUUUUCACUUAAACAGAUAUUGUUGCCAUAAAGUACAGGUCAAGCUCUGAUUUGGUUAUGGUCUAUUUAUUUUUUCCGGGGUUAUGGUCAUUUAACUUUAUUAAAAUUUUAAUGAAAUUUUCACCCAAAAUGGUAAGACCAAAAUUGGAGUGUCUUGCCUAAACUUCAGUUCAUAUAUAUAUUUUUUUAAAUCCUGCAGGCAGAACUUUGAUGUGUUUUGAUAGAUCUGUAGGUAGGGCCUCAAUUUUAUUUACAAGUCAGUAGGAAGCUAUUGCAACUCUUAACAAACCCAUUACCACUAAGAAUUUGUUCAAUAAGGGUCAAGUUGGGUUUUUUGUCCUUUAUUUUCCCCUGAGAUGUUGCUGAUUGCCGAAUUACUGUAAAAAAAAAAAAUUAAAUAUUGUAAGAAAUAUUUAUUUGUUAGCUUCAUUUUCUUUCUUUUUUAUGAAAACACUUCUACCAUCUCUGGUAAAAGUUGUGUUUUUCAUUCACAUUUUUAGUAGAGUGCUAAUCCAUUAUUGCAGUCACACUGGUGUUUCAAGUUAUUGUGUUUUAUAACUAUUACUCCUUUAUAUACUUCAUGUAGAUAAAAACUAUUCCAGUAAAACAUCUGCUGGGGACGAGGACUCCAAAAUAAAUCACUUCUAGCCAAGACUUCAGUUUCCUUCCUAUCAUAUUACUUCAGAGCAAACUUAUCAAUUUAUUUCCGAGGGUGGUACCUCUAACUAAAAAAUGGAGUUCCUGGUUGGGAUAGAUGUUACGCUGGAAUAGCCCAGAAAUAUAACCAUAGAAAGUGUUAUUUUUAGAAAGAAAUAGGUUGUCAGAUUCAUACAAUGAAAGCUUACAGUAUUUUAUACUUAUUUGAACAAAUGUUUGAGUGUUCAUGGAAAUUUCAUUUUAUAUGAAGUUUAAAAUGCAUAAAAAUUUGUAAUACACUGUAAAUUUUAGCAUAAUACACAUUUGCAAUUUAGUAAACUAUUUUCCAAACAGGGUUUGUAAUUUUAUCAGAUAUUCAACCUGUUUGUCCCUCCUUAUGAUUUAGGUUAGGUGUUUUAUAGUAGUCUUAAAAAUUAUAACUGUCAACAUCCGAAUGGAUUAUAGCUUACAUAUAUUUAUAUCUAAAGAAAAAUUUUGGCAGGCAUUCAUUCUCAAGUUGUAAAGCCCAGAUUUUAGAAUUUAAAUUGGCAGACAUGCUUGUGUGCAAUUUCACUAUCAUGAACUAUAUGUGAUACAAGAAAGCUGACAGAGUUCAUCAUGAUAAUUCAAAACCAGUGUAAUGAGAUAAUUAUAGAUCUUAAAAAAAGAUGGUGACAUGAUAUUUUGGAAUGGAGAGCUGUCUGGGGGGAAAAAAUCCAGUCUUUUCCAAUGUGAAACAUUACAAUAUAAUGACGAUCAGAAAGCUGGAAUUGAGAUUUUUCUUAGGGCAUAACUUGUUAGUUUUCCUGUCAAAAUAUUUUGAACUUCUGUUUGUGACAGAAUCUUAAGGAAUGAUUUUGUUAGUAUGCAUUUGGAAUUUUUUUUUUUUUUUUUUGUUUAUUAAAGAUACUUUGUUAAAUAAAUCAUCUGGUAAAUUUUAUACCUGUCAACAAGA